AUGGCAGCCACAGACGCCAGCGACACUCGAGCGAAGCAACUCCGCCUGGAGAUUGCUCGCGCCGAGACUGAGCUGCAAGGUCUACGGGACCAGCUAGCACUGGCCGAAUCAGACGAGGCAGAUGAAAAACGUCGACUUCUGAACGAGAAAGGAGUGCUUGACAGCGAUGCUGCCACGGCGCCCUGGCGCUGGCCGCUCAAGGAAGAAGAGUACGAUCGCUAUGCGCGGCAGUUGAUCGUGCCGGGCAUCGGCAUGCAAGGCCAACUGCGUCUCCGUGCGGCAUCUGUGCUCGUCGUGGGCGCCGGGGGCCUCGGCUGCCCCGCGGCCACGUAUCUGGCUGGUGCAGGCAUCGGCCACAUUGGCAUUGUCGACUGCGACGUUGUCGAAACGUCCAACCUUCACCGGCAGAUUGGCCACACCACCGACCGAGUCGGCGUGCCCAAGGCCGUCAGCCUUGCUACGUCGUUGCGCCGCCUCAACCCGCUACCCCGCUACAGCAGCCAUGUGGAGGCACUGACGCCGGCCAACGCAGCCGCCCUCGUCGCCGCCUACGAUGUCGUGCUCGACUGCACCGACAAUCCGGCCUCUCGCUACCUCGUCUCCGACGCCUGCGUGCGGGCCAGCCGGCCGCUCGUGUCCGCCGCCGCCCUGCGCACCGACGGCCAGCUCGCUGUGCUCAACUGGCCUGUCGGUGUCGGACCCUGCUACCGCUGCAUCUUUCCACGGCCGUCACCACCGGCUAGCCGACUUUCGUGCGCCGAGGGCGGCGUGCUGGGACCCGUCGUCGGUGUGAUUGGCGUCUUACAGGCUUUAGAGGCCCUGCGCGUCAUUAUGGCCGAGCCGGACUGCAUCGCUGCCCAGGCCGAUAAACCGUCGCCCUCGCUGCUCCUCUUCUCGGCGAAAGAUGGCCAUGGACGACUCGGCGCACCCAGCUUCCGCACCGUGCGUGUGGGCGGGCGCCGGCCAACCUGCUUCGCCUGCUCGCCUACCGCACCGCUGCGCGCGAUGGAGUCUCUGGAAAGCGUCGGAAGCAGCGGCAUCAACGGCGAGUGGCCUGACUACGUACAAUUUUGUGGUGACGACACUAUUGAUGUGGGCGUGCAGCUGGCACCAGAGGAGCGCAUUUCAGUACAGGAGUUCCAAGACAUUGUGACGAAGAAAUCUGAUAUCUCCGCUGUUGUCGAGAAUCCUCCAUAUUGGUUGCUAGAUGUCCGCGAAAAGGAGUUCUUCGACAUGGGCAGUCUGGACGGUGCUCUCAACCUGCCCUUUUCUCGGAUACAGUCAGCAAUUCAGCGCAGUAAGAGAAAGACAGAUGCAGAGGAACAAGAGAGCAGUCCUUGGCCAGAGUGGCUGCCGGAGGGACUGGGACGACAUUCGGCGCCAGUGUACGUUUUGUGUCGGGUUGGCAUCAACUCGCAGAUGGUAGCUAGCCAGCUAAAGGAGAUGGGGCUUGCUACGGACGGCCGCUUCAUCGGUGACAUCAAGGGCGGCAUCCAGGCAUGGAAGAGAAAUAUAGACAGUACGAUACCAUUUACAUAA